AUGUCCAACUUCAAAUAUGUAUCUCAAAUUGGUCCGACGAAUCUCUCCCACGACCAGCUUGCGCAAGUACAUUACGAUCCCGAUCGUCGCCACCAUGAGCGAGGGCCCUAUCCUGUCCAAAUCUAUGACCGGCAGCAGCAGCACCUACCUUCGCCGUAUGUUCGAUACCAGGAGUACGGCCCAAACAAAUCCAUAAAACAGGGAUCUGCCGAGGAUAGAAAUCGACCCAACUCAACAGCCCAUGUGCCAGAAGGAACGUCUUCAACGCAUCUGCCAACUCCCUCGCUCCCAACUCCUGGCGUGCCCGGCGCAUACCCAGAUAAUGCACCGCAACGCAUGAAUCACGAAGGCGCGCCUUCUAUGCCCCCAACCCCGGAUGGCUAUAGUGCGCCGGAAAGAAAGAGAACUAAGCGAGUUAGUCAGGCAUGCGACAACUGCAGGCAGUUGAAGGCCAAGUGCGACGAGACGAAGCCAUGUACAACCUGCAAGGAAAAGGACAUGGAAUGCAAAUACCGUGACCCGGUGCCCAAGGCGACGGAUAAAGCGCAAGCCAACAUUUUAGAGGGCCUCGGCUCUGUCCAGACGUCGCUUAACUCGAUCAUGAGACACCUGGGGCGAUUUGAUCAGAGAUUGACCAAGAUGGAAUCGCUCUUGCCCAAGAAUCUUGCGACAUCAGCUCUCAAGACAGAAUCUUCAGUGGAGGACGAGUACAAACGUGCGCCAGCGUCGCCUUACGUUACCAAUGGCACUUCUGUGGACCCAUACUAUAAUGACGCCCAUCGCGAUCACCCAUCCUCAGAGCCUAUGCCAUUGCGUAUGAUGGCCGAGGAUGAGAUGGAGGUUGAGCCUGGUCCACCUGUGCCACCUGGAGAACCCGCGAUUCCUAUCAACCAUACGACUCUAGCGGGCCUGCUUUUGGAGUGGCCGUCGAUUCGUGAGCUCACAAAACACCACGUUGAGCGCGAAGGUGUGCAAUGUAUCAGCGAAUACCCCAUUAGCCAAGAACAGAGCAGAGGCGUUUUGAUCGUUCAUGGCCAAGGUGAAGAUGCUCACCCAUCGCGGCAAGCCCGAGAACCGACCAACCAUGGGAACUUGGAAAUGGCGGACGAUUCAUCCAAUAUGGCAUCCCCUUCGCCAGCAGAUGAUUGGGGCCAGCCUGGUGGACUGAGCCCUCCUGAUCAGGUGGGAUACAAGGGAGGCGUUUUGGUUGAUGGCAAUCCUGAUUUCUCUGAGCCGAAAGUGUGGGCACUUUCUAUAUAA